AUGGCUGUGAAAGAACGACUUUUGCAGCGUCACAUUAUAACUGAUGCGAGUUGUCAGUUUUGUGGGGUUGGUGAGACCGUGAUACACUCCUUGCUAGAUUGUGUUAUUGCUAUGGAAAUCUGGAACCUUAGUGAGUAUAAGGACUUAUUGAAUGAUGUUCCUCGUUUGAAUUUUGUUGAAUUGUGGUCUUGGCUGUGUAGGAAGGUGGAUGCUAGUGUGUUGUGUGCUAUAGCUGCGCUAAUGUGGGCAGCAUGGAAAGGGAGAAAUAUGAUGGUGUACCAAGGGGAGAGGCUAAAUGGUGUGCUGUUAGCUGUAGGUUUUGCAAGGCUUGUACAAGACUACAAUACAUAUGCUGAGAAGGUGCUGCUACCUCCCUCAAUUCACGGACCUGCUGCUGCUACUGUUACGACAGUAAAGAAAUCGUUUGGUACGACCCUUAAAAUUACUGAGGCAAUGGCGGUACGCUAUGGUGUUAUGUUGGCUGGGAGAUUGGGCUACAAUUCAAUUGAAGUAGAGACCGAUGCUGUGAAUGUGGUGGCUGCUUUGAAGAGCUCAAAAAGUGGUGUAUCCCCGAUCUAG